AUGGCAGAGUGCAAAGUUCCAGAAUCGAUGGUGCCACUCAUCUUUUGUAGGCUGCCUCCGAAGUCUCUGAUGCGAUUCAAGUGCAUUCAGAAGUCAUGGAAUUCUCUGAUCAAUAGUCGCCAUUUCGUAGCCGAGCAUCUCCGCUUUCACAACAACCUUUCAUCCUCAACUACCAUCCUUCUAAGGCGUCCUGUUAGCUGCAGAGACAUCGUUUGUUCUUUGCUUACUCUUCGCAGUGAGAGGGAUGGACAAGAGGAUAACCUAAAUUUUGACAUUGAGGACAUCCAUUUUCCGCCUUCAAUUGGUCUGAUAACUAGGGCACAAUUUAUUGAGAAUCAUGGUCACACCCGUGAUUGUGCAGAUAUUGUAGGUCAUUGUUGUGGGAUAAUCUGUCUCUCUCUUUAUCAUCCAAGCGACCUUGUCUUAUACAAUCCAGCAAUCAAGGCAUUCAAGCUUAUACCUGAGCCUUGCCUCCCAGGCCUCCGUGAGAUAGAUUUUCGUUCUACUGCAUUUGGUUAUGAUCCCGUUUCCGAAGAUUUUAUACUUGUUAUUAUUGCUAGUUUUGGUUACAUAUAUUACGGCGAAGGAGGAGGACGUCUCGCCCUUGAACCUCUGAGAGCAGAGAUGUACACAACAAGUACUGAUUCUUGGAAAGAGAUCAAGAUUGCCAAUUUGGAGAACGAAACUACUAUGUUCCGGCCUUAUCAUUUCCAACUGUAUCACGAGGGCAACUGUUACGCGUUGGCAAUGGAAGUCAAGAAGGAAUUCAUGGAAUCAUAUGACAGCCUCGAGGAUUAUGGAAGGGAAGCAAUCGUUUGGUUCGACACCAGAGAUUGGGUUUUCCAUACUGCAUUGACUCCUGAUUCUUUGUAUGUAUAUCCAGCGCAUGACUUCACUCUUACAGUGUGGAACAACUGCGUUGCUCUUUUUGGCUAUCAUCGUCCAAGAACUAAACCCUGGUUUGAUGAGGAAGAAAGCCAACACUUCGCAAUUUGGGUGAUGGGUGAUUUUGAUGGUUUCACUUUGUCAUGGAUAAAGCAAAUGACCGUGGACAUCGCGGACUCGCCUCUCACAUUGGCACUUUGGGAGAGCAAUCGGUCUGUUUUGAUCUCCCCGCGUGUGCGAAUAGCCCUGUACAGCUUUGCAACCAAAUCGUACACCUAUCUUCCGAUAUAUGCUGCUGAUUAUUUCUACGCAUUUCCCUUAGUAAGUAGCUUAAUUCCACUCAGUAGGGACCUAGUUUGUGACGAUACUCCUUAA